AUGGGUUCCAGCUGCGGCCCCGCCCAUCUCUCACACGAUGAGGCUGCACAUUUUGAACGGGAGUCCUGUGACUACAGUAUCCGUUUGUCAUUGGAUGACGCAGAGGCUGGAAGAGCCCCAAGGCGUGUAAGAGUAUACGCUGAUGGCAUUUAUGACAUGUUCCACUCGGGCCACGCUAGGCAACUGGAGCAGGCUAAAUGUGCUUUUCCGAACACAUACUUGAUUGUCGGAGUUUGCAACGAUGAGCUGACCCACAGGAAAAAAGGCCGUACAGUGAUGAACGAGAGUGAGAGGUACGAGGCUCUGCGUCACUGUCGAUACGUAGACGAGGUGGUCACUGAUGCACCCUGGACACUUACUGACGAAUACCUUGAAAGACAUAAGAUUGACUUUGUUGCGCACGACGACAUUCCAUACCUUACGGGGGCCGAUAGUGCGGGCGAUGUGUACAGCGUAAUUAAGGCUCGCGGAAUGUUCCUGCCAACUCAGCGUACUGAAGGUAUAUCCACAACGGACGUUAUAGCACGGAUUCUCAAGGAUUAUGAGGUGUACAUCCGGCGUAACUUGCAACGAGGCUACACCGCUAAGCAACUCAACGUCAGCUUCUUUAUGGAAAAGAAGCUACAGAUUAGUGAGAGGUAUGAGCAAGGGUAAACAGUGGAAGGAGUUUAUCGGAAACUUCCUCGAGCUGUUUGGCAGAGAUUGGAGGAUUGUAUCAUGGAUGAAGCGAGCCAUCUUUCCUGUACCAGUACAUGAUCAAGCAGACGAGAGCGUUUCCACAAGACCCUCCCCCGAGUCUUCACACAGGAAGCGAAGAUCAAA